GUUUCACAGUAUAAAUACGCCCAUAUUUAUGGACCAAAUUAAGUUACUCCCACCAAAGGCAAAAACAACACAAAAAAAAAGAACAUUAUUGCAGAUUAAUUUGCUUUAUCUAAACAUCAUCUUACACUUAUUAGCUACAGAAACUAGCUUGAUUACCAUUAGAAAACAAAUGCCGAUCGUGAAUCAUAAAAACGUGACGAUGGCGGUGAGCAAGGAAAAGCUGAAAGGCUUAUUCAAGCAGUACGACAAGAAUGGAGAUGGCCUUUUAGACAAGAGUGAGUUGAAGGAGGCUUUCAAACGUCUCGGCGCGAUUCUACCGGGUUGGAGAGCUUCCCGCAGCCUACAGCACGCGGAUGCAAACGGAGAUGGAGUUAUCAGUGAAGAUGAACUCGUCGAGCUCGUCAAAUAUGCCCUUCAAUUUGGUUACACUGUCAAAUAGGUUGGAUGAAUAUGUAUGGUUAUAUGUCAUAUGUGUAUCUAGUGCUUUCAGUUUCCAAUAAGAAAGAACGUUUUAUAUAUAGGUUUUUAUUCUUUACAGUUGUGUGUUUUGUACUUAGUAGUUUUGGAUCGUGAAUCCGGCUACUCGUGCCUUAAUUUGAACAGAAAGGCACUUCUAUAUUAUUAAUAUGUUUUGGGC